GCCACCGCCGCCGCGGGGGGCGGGCAUGGAAGCCGCGGGGCGCCCCGGGCCGGGCCCGCUGGGAUCGGCUCGCUGCCGCCGCCUCUAGGGACCCGGGGCUCGGGCUCGCGGCCCCCGCGGCGCAGGUGAAGCCGGCCGCGCCAUGGUGGACUCGGUGGGCUUCGCCGAGGCGUGGAGGGCGCAGUUCCCGGACUCGGAGCCGCCGCGCAUGGAGCUGCGCUCGGUGGGCGACAUCGAGCAGGAGCUGGAGCGCUGCAAGGCCUCCAUCCGGCGGCUGGAGCGGGAGGUGAACCAGGAGCGUUUCCGCAUGAUCUACCUGCAGACGCUGCUGGCCAAGGAGAAGAAGAGCUACGACCGCCAGCGCUGGGGCUUCCGCCGCGCCGCGCAGCCCCCGGACGGGGCGUCCCCCGCCGCCGCCGCCGCGCGCCCCCCGCAGCCCGCGGCCCCCGCCGACGGCGCGGACCCGGCGCCCGCCGACGAGGCCGAGGCGCGGCCCGACGGAGAGGGGUCCCCGGCCAAGGCGCGGCCGGCGGCGUCGGCGCGCAGGCCCGCGGCUGCCGCCCCGGCGGAGCGGGACGAGCGGGGGCCUCCCACCAGCGUGGCGGCGCUCAGGUCCAACUUCGAGAAGAUCCGCAGGGGGCCUGCGCAGCCCGCCUCGGCCGACGCCGAGAAGCCCUUCUACGUGAACGUCGAGUUCCACCACGAGCGCGGCCUGGUGAAGGUCAACGACAAGGAGGUGUCCGACCGGAUCAGCGCCCUGGGCAGCCAGGCCAUGCAGAUGGAGCGCAAGAAGUCCCAGCAGGGCGCCUCGCCGGGCCUGGCGGACGCCCCCAGACCCCAGUACCGCGGGCGCUCCUCGGAGAGCGGCUGCGGCCUCGACGGCGACUACGAGGAUGCCGAGCUGAACCCCCGCUUCCUGAAGGACAACCUGAUCCACGCCAACGGGGGCGGCGGCAGGCCCCCCUGGCCGCCCCUGGAGUACCAGCCCUACCAGAGCAUCUACGUCGGGGGUAUGAUGGGGGAGGGGGAGGGCAAGGGCCCGCUGCUGCGAAGCCAGAGCACCUCCGAGCAGGAGAAGCGCCUCACCUGGCCGCGCAGGUCCUACUCCCCCCGGAGCUUCGAGGACAGCGGAGGGGGCUACACCCCGGACUGCAGCUCCAACGAGAACCUCACCUCCAGCGAGGAGGACUUUUCCUCCGGCCAGUCCAGCCGCGUCUCGCCUAGCCCCACCACCUACCGCAUGUUCCGGGACAAGAGCCGCUCCCCCUCGCAGAAUUCGCAGCAGUCCUUCGACAGCAGCAGCCCCCCGACGCCCCAGUGCCAGAAGCGCCACCGCCAGUGCCAGGUGGUGGUGUCUGAGGCCACCAUCGUAGGUGUCCGCAAGACCGGGCAGAUCUGGCCCAGUGAUGGGGACGGCACCUUCCAGGGGGAAGCAGAUUCCUCGUUUGGAACACCGCCUGGGUAUGGCUGUGCCGCAGACCAGGCCGAAGAACAGCGCCGGCACCAGGACGGGAUGCCCUACAUCGACGAUUCGCCUUCCUCCUCGCCACACCUCAGCAGCAAAGGCAGAGGUGGCCGCGAUGCUCUGGCCUCAGGAGCCCUGGAGCCCACCAAAGCGAGCGAGCUGGAUUUGGAAAAGGGCUUGGAGAUGAGAAAGUGGGUUUUGUCUGGAAUCCUGGCCAGCGAGGAGACGUACCUGAGCCAUUUGGAGGCGCUGCUGCUGCCCAUGAAGCCACUGAAAGCAGCCGCCACCACGUCUCAGCCUGUGCUGACGAGCCAGCAGAUCGAGACCAUCUUCUUCAAAGUGCCUGAGCUCUACGAGAUCCACAAGGAGUUCUACGACGGCCUGUUCCCCCGAGUGCAGCAGUGGAGCCAUGAGCAGCGUGUGGGAGAUCUCUUCCAGAAGCUGGCCAGCCAGCUGGGUGUGUACCGAGCCUUUGUGGAUAACUAUGGAGUGGCCAUGGAAACCGCAGAGAAGUGCUGUCAGGCCAACACUCAGUUUGCAGAAAUAUCUGAGAACCUGAGAGCCAGAAGCAACAAGGAUGCCAAGGACUCAGCCACCAAGAACUCUCUAGAAACGCUGCUCUACAAACCUGUGGACCGGGUGACGAGGAGCACGCUAGUCCUGCACGACUUGCUGAAACACACUCCUCCCAGCCACCCCGACCAUUCCCUGCUGCAGGACGCCCUCCGCAUCUCACAGAACUUCCUGUCCAGCAUCAAUGAGGAGAUCACGCCCCGCCGGCAGUCCAUGACGGUGAAGAAAGGAGAGCACCGGCAGCUGCUGAAGGACAGCUUCAUGGUGGAGCUGGUGGAGGGGGCCCGCAAGCUGCGCCACAUCUUCCUGUUCACUGACCUGCUCCUCUGCACCAAGCUGAAGAAGCAAAGUGGAGGCAAAACCCAGCAGUACGACUGUAAAUGGUACAUUCCGCUCACGGACCUCAGCUUCCAGAUGGUGGAUGAGCUGGAGGCCCUGCCCAACAUCCCGCUGGUGCCAGAUGAGGAACUGGACGCCCUGAAGAUCAAAAUCUCCCAAAUCAAGAGUGACAUCCAACGAGAAAAGAGAGCAAACAAGGGCAGCAAGGUCAUGGAGAGGCUGAGGAAGAAGCUGUCUGAGCAGGAGUCACUGCUGCUGUUGAUGUCCCCCAGCAUGGCCUUCCGGGUACACAGUCGCAACGGCAAGAGUUACACAUUCCUUAUUUCCUCUGACUAUGAGCGAGCGGAGUGGAGAGAGAGCAUCCGAGAGCAGCAGAAGAAAUGUUUCAAAAGUUUCUCCCUGACAUCUGUGGAGCUACAAAUGCUGACCAACUCGUGUGUAAAACUUCAGACCGUUCACCACAUUCCACUGACCAUCAACAAAGAAGACGAUGAGUCUCCGGGACUCUACGGCUUCCUGCACGUCAUCGUCCACUCGGCCACCGGGUUUAAGCAGAGUUCAAAUCUGUACUGCACGCUGGAGGUGGAUUCCUUUGGGUAUUUUGUGAAUAAAGCAAAGACACGAGUCUACAGGGACACAACUGAGCCAAACUGGAAUGAGGAGUUUGAGAUCGAGCUAGAAGGCUCCCAGACCCUGCGGAUUCUAUGCUAUGAAAAGUGUUACAACAAAAUGAAGAUCACCAAGGAGGAUGGCGAGAGCGCGGACAAGCUCAUGGGGAAAGGCCAGGUCCAGCUGGACCCGCAAACCCUACAGGACAGAGACUGGCAGCGGACUGUCAUUGACAUGAAUGGGAUCGAGGUGAAGCUGUCGGUCAAGUUCACAAGCAGGGAGUUCAGCCUCAAAAGGAUGCCUUCACGCAGACAGACGGGGGUCUUCGGGGUCAAGAUUGCCGUGGUCACAAAGAGAGAGCGCUCCAAGGUACCCUACAUCGUGCGCCAGUGUGUGGAGGAGAUCGAGCGCCGGGGGAUGGAGGAGGUGGGCAUCUACCGAGUGUCCGGGGUGGCCACAGACAUCCAGGCACUGAAGGCGGCCUUUGAUGUCAAUAACAAGGAUGUGUCGGUGAUGAUGAGCGAGAUGGACGUGAAUGCCAUUGCUGGCACGCUGAAGCUCUACUUCCGAGAGCUGCCCGAGCCCCUCUUCACGGAUGAGUUCUACCCUAACUUCGCAGAAGGCAUAGCUCUUUCAGACCCUGUGGCGAAGGAGAGCUGCAUGCUGAACCUGCUGCUGUCCCUCCCGGAAGCCAACCUACUGACCUUCCUCUUCCUCCUGGACCACUUGAAAAGGGUGGCCGAAAAGGAGACGGUCAACAAGAUGUCGCUGCACAACCUCGCCACAGUCUUCGGGCCCACGCUGCUUCGGCCCUCCGAGAAGGAGAGCAAGCUCCCCGCGAACCCCAGCCAGCCCAUCACCAUGACCGACAGCUGGUCCCUGGAGGUCAUGUCCCAGGUCCAGGUGUUGCUGUACUUCCUGCAGCUGGAGGCCAUCCCUGCCCCCGACAGCAAGAGACAGAGCGUCCUGUUUUCCACUGAAGUCUAAAGGCCUGGCAUCGCUCAUCUCCUUAAAGAGGCCUACAGAAUGACCUGUAAACCUGUGACAAAAGAAUCCAUCCACGGAGUGGGAAUGGGACCCUUCUUGUGGGGUAAUUUAACCAUUCCCAAGCUCUGGGCCACCUGCCAAGAGACAAGUACCCAAAGCAAAGGCCAAGGGGCCUAGGCCAAUGGUCCAGGUGUGUCUGCAAGCCCCAGGCUGGCCCCAGACUGUAACUUUCCCUUGUUGCCACCAGAGGGCGCCCCAAGCCAGCCCAUCUGCCAGCCUGCAUACAAGGGAAAGAGGUGGCGAAGAAAGUGGUUUUUAUGAAUCUAAUUUAUCAGAGUUUUUUGUUUUUGUUUUGUUGUUGUUUUUUUUUUUUUUGUUUUUUGUUUUUUAAAUCUCUACUGGAUCAUCUGUCCCGAUGCACCCUCUCUGGGGAAUAGGGACAGCGCCAGAUCCCUCCCUGUUGUGUCUUGAAUAAACACUGCUGCUGCUGCAUCUGUGGGGGCCACAGCCCGUCCCUGUGUGGGUGGGGAUAUCUCCCUUUCCCUGACCUGGAGACCCCGCUGUACACGGAACCGGGCUGGAGACGCUGAGUCAACACUGUAGCAUCUCGACUGCUUGCUGUUCGCUUUGUCUCUCUAGGUUGUCUGUGCAGAAGUAGGUCAGGCUCCUGUUUUCUGACACUCUUGGUGUUUUGCUAUUUCUGCACUUCUCAGGAGUAGGCCCCACCGAGGCCCGGGAGUGUCCGGGGACCAGACACGGGGGGAGUCGAGGCCCUGGUGAUGCACCUUACAAUCCGCCUUCAGGGAGAGUGGCUGUGUCCACCAAUCCUUACUGGCUGCCUGCCGCCAGCUCUCCCUUCUGGCUUACAAGGCUGUGAUGUCUCCGGCCUGGCUCUGACUCUUCUCUCUGUCCCUCAUUGUCCCACGUGUGGAUCACUUACUUCCGGUCCUCGCUCCCAACUGAACAGACUCAAGUUAACUUUUGUAGCAGUUUCUACCCCGAAAGCAGCAGCUUGCUCUAGUGGCUUGUUCAAAAAAACUUUGAUCCAAAAUAGCUUUUGAUACUUGAAUAUUUUUAAGUUUUAUACAUAGUUUCUAAUUUUUUUCCUAACGGAUUCACACACCUACUAAGAAAUGAGAAUGUGCACCACGGGAGGGCCGUGUCCCGAGAGUAUUUCGUCUUCCUUCAAGAUCCAGCUUUCUUUUUGUUUGGAGUCAUCUCUGAUGUCUCUGGGACAUCAGAAGCACCAGGAGAAGGUUAGGAAAGUCAGGUCUGGGGGUGGGGGCAACCACCUCACUGCAGAAUGAAAGCUAGCCCACCCGAUGCCCUCCCACCCUCACACUCCCUGAACCUGGGCAGGAGUCAGGGUAGUCUCUACUUAGUAAAAAGAGAAAGGGGGGAAACUACCAAUUCUUUUCAAGAAAAAAAAAAUCCACAGAUCUUGCAUCAUUUUUAAAAAGAGUACAAACCCACCCUGGGGAGGCUGAGGCAGACUUGCCGUGAGUUCAAGACCAGCCUUGGCAGCGUAGCGCUUUUCGGACCAGACAGGACUACAGUGCAGGGCUGGAGUACACGGGGCUUGGAGUGGGCAGGUGGAGAGAAGAGACUGGUAGACCUGAAGCCCAGCCGCUCCUGCAGAGGCAGGACUUGUCACAUGAGGACCCCUGCUCCCAGUCACGUGCUCCACGGCCCCUCCCAUGUCUGGAAGGUGGCGAUUCCUUAGAGGCAGAGCCACACAUCCCCCUAAACGUCUGCUCUUGAACCUGCCCAAGCUGUUGGGCAGGAAACCAAGGACCCUAGAGGGUCUCUGUCUGCAUACAGUGUUUGUGUGGUCGGCCUUUUUUUCUUUCUUUUUUUUUCCUCCUUUCUUUCUUUCUUUCUCUCUCUCUUUCUUUUUUUCUUCUUCAGAGCUGCCCAUUGGUCUGCUCUUGAGCAUUUCUGGACCCAGUGGACCCCUCUAGUUUGGCUGCCCACCCCAUGUCAUGGCUCUGACCCUACAAGGCAAGCACUGCUGUUCCUGCCCGCUCGGCUCCCUUGUUUCUUGAUUUGCGUCUGUCGCCCUGAACUGGAAAGCAAUAUAUCAAUGUGCCAAUUUGCAUUCCCCUGCCCGGCCCCAUCCUCUGUCCGCUUUAUUUAUACAGGCUGUGCAUUCUUCUGGAAGUGCUCCUCCGCCAUCAGGCAUUGGCGGCGGUGGCUGGGGCUGCCUCUCAGCGCCUCACACCUUGCGGGCCUGUAGGCUGGCAAUGCCAGUGUGGGGCUGGAAGAUAGGUGGUGUUCUCGGGAGUGAGGUGGCCCAACUUUCCCUCCAAGGAGAGACUGCCAGCCCCGAGUACACUGGGACUGCCCAGCGAGCAUGGCUGCCAGACUCUGAAGGAAGAAGCGAUACUUUCUUACUGUGGAACCUGGGUCCUGGGCACAGUGGGCCUUGGCUUCCUGGGGGUAGCCUGGCCUCCCCGGUGGGUUGAUGGUCUCUUAGCUGCGGUCUUGCUUUUGAGCUCAGCUGUCUGUACUACUCUGUGCCGGAAGGACCACAGACACCCUCAUUAAAGUCUCCUGAGACUUCUA